ACGCACAUUGACGUAGCUUUUGCGGCAUUGUUUGAAGCAGGGGAAGUCGUUUAGUUAACAACGUGUACAGAUUGUAGACAGUGUUUUCGGCUUUAGAGUCAAGGCAUACAUAACCAGGUCCUUGGAUAUAAGGGUCACAGUUUUAUAUUUACACACUAGUCUUUUUGUGAAUAACUUGGCCAGACCGCGCGCUAGCAAAGCUAAUAUACGGGUUUGUUCAUAAGAGGAAACACAAAGGAAAUGCGCUCGCUUUAACAACACUAUCGUAAACUUGAGUUGUCUUAAUGAUCGAGGAAGAUAAUUGUUACCUUCAAACAGCCUGCAACACGGACAAUAUCUCAAGCUCUGGUGUUACUUACAGACAGUUGAGGUAUCUCUGUUAAAACAGAAACAUCUCAGAUUUGAAAAACAAUAAUACAAUUUUUUCAGAAUUUGAUAUUUAGUCCAACUGCCUUACUAAAUCGUUAAGAUCUUAUUCGUGCUAUCGGUGAGUGAACAGCUGCUAUUAUGGGGAUAAUCGUAAAAAGAUAUAUGGACAGAGACGCGUACAGUGAAAUCAAAAGAAGGCAGCCAGCAAACUAGCUUGUUCAGCUAACGAUUAGCUAAGCUACUCGGUUCGCAAUUCGGCCACCUUGCUAGUGUGUAAGCUGUUUUGAAGAAAGCAGUCAAAAGUCACUGGUAUGUUUCAGCUAUAUCACCCAGUGUCGGUAUUUAUUGUGUUUGACUUGGACGACUACCGUAGAAGCCGGCCCCUGUGAUUAAACAUUUGCGCUAACGUUAGUGUUUGUAGUAGGGCGAAGUUAGCAUUUGGCUAAAGGCUAAUUUGUUAGCAACGCUCAAGCUAACGCUGUUCUGUUGUAGCUGCAAACAGUGAUCACUGAGUUGAAGUGAAAGUAAGGGGACGAGUAGUGUUUAUUUUUCCUCUUGAGAAACAAUGGCAACCGCAACAGGCGAGGCCGUGUUCUUGCUAAAGGAUGUGAAGCCCGGUUCAAAAAACUUGAACAUCGUUUUCAUCGUGUUGGAAAUAGGAAGAGUAACCAAAACGAAAGAUGGUCAUGAGGUGCGCUCGUGCAAGGUGGCAGACAAGAGCGGGAGCAUUGCUAUCUCUGUGUGGGACGAGCUGGGCAGCCUCAUCCAGCCGGGGGACAUCAUCAAGUUGACCAGAGGCUAUGCUUCCAUAUGGAAAGGCUGCCUGACAUUAUACACUGGAAGAGGAGGGGAUCUACAGAAGAUUGGAGAGUUCUGCAUGGUGUAUUCAGAAGUGCCUAACUUCAGUGAACCAAACCCAGAUCUGCUAAACCAAACAAACCAGCAAAACAAGUCUGGUAAACCAGACCAGAAUCAGAGGGGAAACUCUCCACCCAAUCAGAAUUCAGGUAAUGGAUCCUUGUCGUCGUUUAACAACAACAACCCAUCACCCGGUCCCCCCCGUGACCCUACGUACGGGGGCAUGGGGCGACCCAACGGUCGGUCACCUGGCAACGGAGCACCUCCAGCCACUGCAGCAGGACCCCCCACAAAGUCUUCAGUUACCAUUAGCAACGGCAGGGACCCACGGCGUGCCAAGAGAUGAGAUCGCGGUCGGGGGGGUCAUGUGGGAAAAAUAUGGACAUGCUCAUUUCCCCCUGCUUUUUUUUUUAAUAUAUAAACAUUUCUGCCCUUCCCAUCACAUCCCAUGUUGGCUUGCAAAACUAUGAAUUAUGGACAUGUCGUGAAGCCUUAGUGGUCGAGUGGUACUCAGCCUUCUUUACUUUUGGCAAAUUGCCACCCCCCCCAUACACUGUCCAAAACCCAUUUAUGUUCUUUCAAACUACACACCCUACUUGAACACUUGAUGCACUUUCUUCUCCUAAUUUAUGUUGGGGCAAACUUGGCUGUCAUUUAAAUCAGGAAACCCCAUUUCUGCUUUUUGGUGGAAAAGGCCUUAAGUUGGUGAAAAUGGACUGAAUGCACGAGCAAACUUCUUCAAAAGGGUCUCCUCCCUCUCAACAGAACUGUAUCUGAAGUGACUCUCAAAGGAAAGGUGUUAGUUUAGAAUUUUUAAUGAUAAGUAGGUAGACCGAUAUUAAACAGUUUUUCAUAGAUAACUUUUUUUUGCCAUUUAAUUGUACCGUAAUCAAGGUGGGACCAUUUAAAUAUGUUUCCGAAAAACAUUUUAUUAUAAUUCAGCCGCCACAUGUAGUCUGUGAAAUGCAUGUCGAGUUGAUUAUACUGCCCCUAAUGAAACAUGGCUAACAAACACAUUGUGACUGCAAGAGUACAUUUAGCUAUAAGUAUUUACUUGUGCCCCCCCACACACACGAACAGUAUAUAGCCCUCUGAGUGAGCUCGACACAUCUCACCAGCUUUUAGACCUCCAUGCUAUCGCUAACACAUUUUAAAGUAAGCCUACCAUUCAAUUCCAUGUGAUGUUUUGACUAUGGCACCAUCUAGUGGCUAUUAAAGUAAACUGCAUUUAUAA